CGCUCUCGUCGUUCUCGUGGAUUGACGGACAGUAGUUUUGGAGAAUUAUUUUCACCGUGCCUCCAUUUGUGUUGCGACAAUUUUACUUGUCAAAACACGUGGGAACGUGUGAACAACAAUUUCGCAAACUGUAUAGCGAACAUGUUACACGUGAUUGGGUUAGGUCUUAGCGAUGCAAAGGAUAUUACUGUGAAGGGUCUUGAGAUAGUUCGAAAAUGCGAUCGAGUUUAUUUGGAAUCGUAUACUUCGGUUUUAUCUGCUAAAUUGGAAGAUUUGGAAGAAUUUUACGGACGCCCGAUACUGGAGGCUGAUAGAGAACUGGUCGAGAAUGAUGAAGAUGAGAUAUUACCGAAAAAUGAAAAAGAAAAUGUGGCGUUUUUAGUGAUUGGCGAUCCGUUUGGAGCCACGACACACUCAGAUUUAAUAUUGCGAGCGCGACGAAAUAACAUAAAGGUAAACAUUGUUCACAAUGCUUCAAUUUUAACUGCGGUUGGUUGUUGUGGUCUUCAGCUCUAUCGUUUUGGAGAAACUGUUUCCAUUCCAUAUUGGAGCGAUGGCUGGCAACCCAGCAGUUUUUAUCAGAAAAUAAUCUCAAAUAGGCACAAGAAUAUACAUACGCUUUGCCUCUUAGACAUCAAAGUGAAGGAACCCACUUUGGAGAGUAUAAUGAGGAAGAAAAAAGAAUACAUGCCGCCAAGAUUUAUGACCACCUCGGAAGCUGCCACUCAAAUCCUGAAGAUAUACAAAGAAAAAACAGAAGUGCCACUGGAGGACAAAUUAGUAUUUAGUGAAACCAGUAUAGUAGUGGGUCUGGCGCGUGUUGGUUCCGCCGAUCAACAUAUUGUUGCUUGUUCCCUUCGAGAAAUGGCAUCGCUUAAUCUGGGACCACCACCACAUUGUAUGAUUAUUCCAGCGAUCUCAUUUCACCCUCUCGAAUUGGAAUUUCUAAGUCAACAUGCGCUAAACGGAACCUUGUGCGAAUAA